UCUAGUCUCUCAGUAUCUCCCACAAGGUCCAAUGGUGUGAACCUCAGCACCAGGCACAGAGGAAUCAUCAUCAUGACAGAUGGCUACCUGUGGUUUGAAGGGUUACCUUUCCCUUCUAUCGAUUACAGCUAUGAAGGCCUAAAAGAAGCAUGUACUAAAUUUGUGAUAAAGGAUGAAGAUACAGUUUUGGUGUCAUACCCUAAGUCAGGAACCCACUGGUUGAUUGAAAUUCUCUGCCUGAUCCACUCCAAAGGCGAUACCAAAUGGAUCCGAUCUGUGUCCAUCUGGGAUCGGGCACCCUUGUUAGAGAUAGAUUCAGGAUACAAAUUGUUAAAGGAGAGAGAGGGCCCACGGUUCCUGACCUCUCACCUCCCCUUCCAUCUCUUCCCUAAGUCUUUUUUCACUUCCAAGGCCAAGGUGAUAUAUAUCAUGAGAAAUCCCAAAGAUGUCCUCGUGUCAGCUUACUAUCAUUGGUCCAUGACAAAACUUCCUAAGAAACCAGAGUCACUGGAUCAAUAUUUUCAGUGGUUCCUCCAAGGCCACGUGCCCUAUGGAUCAUGGUUUGAGCACAUUCGUGGCUGGAUGUCCAUGAGAGACAGGGAGAACGUCCUGCUGCUGAGUUAUGAAGAGCUGCAGAAGGACCCAAGAAGCACCAUAGAGGAGAUCUGUCAGUUCCUGGGAAAGAAGUUAAAUCCAGAAGAACUGGACUCAGUCCUCAAGAAUAGCUCCUUCCAUGUCAUGAAAGAAAACAAGAUGUCCAAUUUAGAAACGUUGCCUGAAACUUAUGUUGAUAAGGAUUUCAAAAUUACAAGAAAAGGCAUCUAUGAAGACUAGAAGAAUCACCUCCCAGGGGCCCAAGCUGAAGCCUUGGAUAAGGUUUACCAGGAGAAGAUGGCGGGUUUCCCCAAAGAGCUGUUCCCAUGGGAGUAGUGUCCAAAAAUUCUGGAUCUUUUAUGGAUACUGACAUUGUUUCCUGUCUUGAGAUAUUUACAGGAUUGGGAGGUUCUUAAUAUAAAAAACAUUUCUAUGAGAAAGGGAAUGAAAAGAUAGGAUAACAUAAAGAACCAAUGAAAUGUAAAAUAAUAGAUGAGCAAAAGGAAGUCUAGUCGGUCAGAGGAAGGAGAAUGGGUAAGGGGGUGCCCAGGAGAGAAAGAGGGAUCGUGACAUAAAAUUGAUUGCAUGGAUGACUUUUUACGGAAGAACUCAACACUAUGUAUAACAAUACAGCUGUGUCAAAAAAA